GUCCAACUUGACCUUGACAUUUAAUAAAUGCAAGGUGGAAAGAAGAAAGACGACUUAACGACGGAUAUCAUGGACUUUAAAGGUCCCUAGAAGCUCGAACACCCGAAAAAGCCAGUCCUCAGAAAAAGCAAAAUGGCUGACGGUCAAAAUAUUGAGCUGGUCCUCCACAUGGUUAAUAAAAUGUGUGGUGAACUGGUGGACAAAGGUUUUGAAUACUAUCUGGUAACAGCCUGCCCAACCAAGGCCUUAAACAUUGGAUCAGCGAAGGGCAGACUAUUCCUGCAGGCAAACAAAGAUGUUGUACAGCGCUUCAUUAAACAUUGCUACAGUUCCAAGGCGACCGUUAGUGAACAGGGUCAGGGGCAGAAUCCAGUAGGACAGACAACCCCCAAAAUAUCACAACCUACAGGCAAGAUGGUGUCAUCACCAGGAAAACAGAAAAUACAGCAGACCAACGCCCAGGAAAUAACAAAACCUGUGGACAAGAUGGUAUCAUCGCCAGGAAAACAGAAAAUACAGCAGACCAACGCCCAGGAAAUAACAAAACCUGCGGACAAGAUGGUAUCAUCGCCAGGAAAACAGGAAAUACAGCAGACCAACGCCCAGGAAAUAACAAAACCUGCCGGCAAGAUGGCGUCAUUAUCAGAAAAACAGAAAACGAAACAAAGUUCCACACAGAAAAUUUCACCAUUGUCACCAAAAACAGCAGAAAGGUAUGAGGCAAAUAAAGGGAACUCUGGAAACCAAGAUAGUAAAGGAACAGAGACUGUUGCUGAUAAUGUUCUGGAUGCUGUUAAACUGUUGGCAAAAACAUCAGUGGUAAAAAGGCAAGUGUUGGGGACUAAAAAAUCUAUCACAGACUCAAACAGGGAUGAAGGAGAAGACUCACCAGGGGAGGAUGAACUUAGACAAAAUGAGUUAAAAGAGGAUGACUUAGACAGGUCCUGCCUCAGCAACUCUGUGGAGGAUGCAGAACAAAUCACAGAUGCUGACACAGGCUCCCCCUUUGGGAUGUCCCUUCGUGCGAAGCGGAAACGUAAAGUAUUUGCUGAUUGUGAGAUGAGUCCAAUAUUGAAAUUCAGCCGGCAAAUAAUUCAAACUGAUCUGAAAACUUCCCCAAUCGAAAGUAAGACAAUUAAAGGAAAGGAAGAUAAAGAAGAAAGGACAAGUUUCAAAACUAAAAAGAACGAUCCGAUAUCAAGUGAAAAAAAUGUAGGGGGGAAGACAAAAAUAUUGAAGUCUGAGAAAAGUUCCAGUUCUGGAAGUGGGAUCUCCGAAAGUCCCUCCAAACAUUCCACAAAGUUCAAAGUUCAUAGGUCAGGAGAGAAAUCAAUAGAGUUGAAGGACUGCAGUGUACAGUUGUCACUUACGCCUUUCACUACACGUAAUUCAACAAAGUCCACUAGCAGGUCAAAUAGUUCUCAAACUCCAUUACAAUCAGGAAAAUCCAGGAUUGAAAGGAGAAAGUCAGCAGAAAAAGGCAAGAGCAUGAACACUACUGGAGGUGUCGCGGAUAGACCCAGCACUAGGAAAACGUACACAGGUAUUAGGUCUUCAUCUAAAGGCACGGAUGUCAGUCAGGUUGGCGAGUCUAACAAUGACCAGUUAACACAGGAUGAAGAUAUCGGUUUGAACCUUGAGUGUAGUAUUGAAAACGACGAGGACUUUGAGGACAAUAGUUAUGAUGUUGACAGUAACGAUGAAGAUUUUACGCCUGAUGUCAAAGAGGAAGAGUCGUCAGAGAAAAAAUCAACUUCAUCAAAAUAUAAAACUCCAAAAAGAAAAGAACGGAAAUCUGAACCAAGCUUCAAAUGUACAACAUGUGAGAAAGUGUUCAAAGGAGCCGGAGCCUUAGCGCGUCACACUAUUGUACAUUCCACUAAGUGCCUGGCAUGUCAGAAAGAUUUUCCUGACCAUGAAAGUCUGAUAUAUCACAGAAAAAAAUGUCAGAGUAUAAGACAAACCACUAAACUCUAUCCCUGUGAUAAAUGUAACUUGGUUUGUAUCGCGCCCUGGUCUCUAAGGCGCCACCAGAUAGCAUCGCACGAAUGGCGAUGUCGAUUCUGUAAAAGGCUCUAUGCUUCUGAGGCGAAUCUUGAAAAACAUUCCGAGAAUUGUAUUGACAAGGCUGUGAAGGAGAAUGAGCGACGCGACCGGCGCGAGAAUAGUCCCAAACACGUGUGUGACACAUGUGGUAAAUGUUUUGCUAACAAAGGAAUUCUCAUGUCGCACAUGAGGUGCCACACACAAGAUGUUACAUUGCUUAUCAGUCAGAUCUGUUGUGUCGACUUGGACCAGGUGGACAAGAUUGUGGACGAUGUUAGUGGGGAUUUAAAGAAGAGUGAGAGUAAACAAGAGAAACCAUCGUCACAUUCUCUCUUGACAUGUUCUGGCUGUAGUACCGAGUUCUCGACACGUAAAGCCUUGACAAAGCAUAGGAAAACUUGUGUUGUUGAAAGAAAACCAUUUGUGUGUCAGCAUUGUGAGAAAUCAUUUAAACUUCGUUGUGAGUUGAACAAGCAUGCCAGAAACUCGCACCCUGAGACAUAUUGCAUGCGUGAAUUGUACCGUAAUGAACGUGACCUAGGUAAGCGACUCUAUUGUAAAUACUGCAGUAAGACAUCAUACAACCAAACUUGGAUGGAGGUUCAUACCCAGCGUCACAUCGAUAAAGGAGAUGUACUGCUGGAACCACAGGUAGAACUAACAGAGGAAAACACGGAGGCUGCGACUGAAUCUGGGGACGAAGAACUCGGCAAAUCUGCAGAGUUUACAGAGGGUGAGGGCAACAAGUCUAGUUCAGAGGUUACUGGCAAAGAGGUCAACAGGGCAGAGGUCAAGAAUACAGAGUCAGAGGUCAAUGAGGUAAACACAACAGAGUCCAAUGCAGGAUCAGAAUUAGAUGCAAGGUCAGAAGUCGAAGGACCAUUGCUGACAGAGGAUGGCAUGGUACUGCUGAGCUCUCUGCAGUGUAAGCUUUGUAAGGUAUCAUUCAAGAACAAGCAUGAGCUGUACUCCCAUGCAGUAUCACACCGGGUAUUUAAAUGUGAUACCUGCGGUAAAAUACUAUCUAGUGCUGGCUCACUGAAAAAGCACAGGAUCAUCGCCCACACUGAUCAACGUGACUUCAUGUGCGAGUUGUGUGGAAAGUCGUACAAGACUCAACGCUGUGUCCAGCAACACAUUCGAAAAGUCCACAACAACCCAAAAUCACGUAGAACAGGAAGUCCAGGGCCCCAUUCCUGUCCCCAGUGUGACAAGGUAUUUGAAUCGAAACGUCUGUUGACCAAGCAUAAAUACUUGCAUAAGGAUCGUACCACGGCCUGUCCUGUGUGCGAAAAGUGCUUUUCAGGAAGAGGAGAAAUGUUUUACCAUCUCAAACAUGUACAUUCUGAUGCACGAAACUAUGUAUGUGGUGUCUGCCAGAAAGCCUACAAGACCAACUCCUCGCUGCGUGAGCAUCGCAAACAGCACCACGAGGGUCGCGAAGGCUGGCGUCACCGUUGUGAGUAUUGUAAUAAACUAUUCAACAAGAAGAGUCAACUGAUCUACCACAAGAAAGUCCACACAGGAGACAAACCUUUCUCCUGUAGCCACUGUGGUUUGACCUUCUCACAGAAAGGCAACCUGCAGAAGCACCUGCAGACGGUCCACAUCAGGAAGGUUCAGUACAGAUGUGAUCUGUGUGGGAAAGGCUUCUACCUUAAUGAGAACUACCGGCUACACAUGAGGACACAUGCUAUAGAGAAUGGUACAGCUGCCAUCAUCGGCAAUAAGUAUGGGACAAUCAACCAAUGUGGUACAUGUCACCGCUACUUUGCACGGAAAUGUUCAUAUAAGGCUCAUCUUCUCAUGCACAAACAGGAAUGGAAAUAUUCGUGCCCCAUCUGUAAGAAAAAGUUUUUCACUGUGACAUCAUGUACACGUCAUCUCAAGACCCAUCUCAAAUGUCAAAUGAGUUCAGUGGAAAUACGCGAGAAGUUCCCACUGGCGAUAGGAUCGUCCGAACCAUCUGAUAAAUUGUUGCAGCUAAAGAAAGAAGGGAGUAUCAAAGAUCAGUCGGAGCCAAUUGAACAGGACGAACCUCAAAUUGAACCUGUUAUUAUAAGGAGGUCGGCUUAUAAAAAGAAACCUACGUUUAACAUAGCACCUAGAAAGAUUAAACUUAACCAGAAUAACUACAUUAAGAUGUCUAAAACUGGAUCGGAAUCAAAAAUUGUUAGUCCAUCAAAACCAUUGAACAGUGAAGGAAGUGGAGUGAAUUUGGCAUUGGAAACUCUAGCGGCAGGUGGGAUGGUGGAAGAAUCAACGGACAUCACUCUCAACAUUGUUCCUAUGUUGGAGGAUGCCCCUAUAACACCAGUCGAGUCAAUCACAGACUUUGCCAGUCCGUCUAAAACCGUUGAUUCAGAUGCCCGUGCUACAUCCACCGCUGUAGAGUCGAUCAUGGAGAACGUGAAUAACGUCAUGCAUUUGGAGGAUAAGCUGAUCGUUACUGAUGAUGCGACUGGGAGCGGGACUGUCACUACAGGCAACACAGAGGAAAUGUCUCCCAACGAACUGAAUGAGAUCCUUCAGACGGUCAACUCACAGGAACUCCUACAGCAGCUCGGGACAGGGAACAUCAUUCUGGUACAGCAAGGGGACACCAAGGCUUACGUCAUGUUAAGUUAGGUAGGCUGUGACCUGCUUACGUCAUGUUAAGUCAGGUAGGCUGUGACCUGCUUACAUCCUGUUAAGUUAGGUAGGCUGUGACCUGCUUACGUCAAGUUAAGUUAGGUAGGCUGUGACCUGCUUACGUCAUGUUAAGUUAGGUAGGCUGUGACCUGCUUACGUCAUGUUAAGUUAGGUAGGCUGUGACCUGCUUACGUCAUGUUAAGUCAGGUAGGCUGUGACCUGCUUACAUCCUGUUAAGUUAGGUAGGCUGUGACCUGCUUACGUCAUGUUAAGUUAAGUAGGCUGUGACCUGCUUACGUCAUGUUAAGUUAAGUAGGCUGUGACCUGCUUACGUCAUGUUAAGUUAGGUAGGCUGUGACCUGCUUACGUCAUGUUAAGUUAGGUAGGCUGUGACCUGCUUACGUCAUGUUAAGUUAGGUAGGCUGUGACCUGCUUACGUCAUGUUAAGUUUGGUAGGCAGUGACCUCCCUGACCUCAAAGUUGUGUUAGACAUGAUGAUGAGUUGGGUAGGUAGUGACUUUGCUGAUCUCGGAGUUGUGUUAGACAUGAUGAUGAUUUCGGUAGGUAGUGACCUCCCUGAUCUCAGAGUUGUGUUAGACAUGAUGAGUUGGGUAGGUAGUGACCUCCCUGAUCUCAGAGUUGUGUUAGACAUGAUGAGUUGGGUAGGUAGUGACCUCGCUGAUCUCAGAGUUGUGUUAGACAUGAUGAUGAGUUGGGUAGGUAGUGACUUUGCUGAUCUCAGAGUUGUGUUAGACAUGAUGAGUUGGGUAGGUAGUGACUUUGCUGAUCUCAGAGUUGUGUUAGACAUGAUGAGUUGGGUAGGUAGUGACUUUGCUGAUCUCAGAGUUGUGUUAGACAUGAUGAUGAUGAUUUAGGUAGGCUACUUCAUACUUAGACUACAUACUCUGUACUCUUUGAGUCUCAAAUUUAUAUAUAUAUAUAUAAUUAAUAGACUUGAUGUUAAGUUUGGAAAAUCGUAAACUACUGUUAGUGUGGAGGCUGCAAUCAUAAUAAUUUCUGAGUGGAAGGUUACAUUAUGUUAAGUUAGGUAAGCUGUGAUCUCGAAAUCUCGGAGUGGAAGAUAACGGCAUGUUAAGUAAAGUGUCACUUAAAAAUCUGAUAGUGGCACCAGUCUUGAUGCAAGCUAGGUAAGCUGUGAUCUCGAAAUCUCGGAGUAGAGGCAUAUACAUCACGUUGUUAAGUAGGAUGUGAUCUUAGAAAUCUCAUAGUGACACCAGUAUACAAGCUAGUAUAAAUAGGCUGUUGUCUCGAAAUCUCGGAGUAGAGGCAUAUACAUCAUGUUGUUAAGUAGGAUGUGAUCUUAGAAAUCUCAUAGUGACACCAGUAUACAAGCUAGUAUCAAUAGGCUGUUGUCUCGAAAUCUCGGAGUAGAGGCAUAUACAUCAUGUUGUUAAGUAGGAUGUGAUCUUAGAAAUCUCAUAGUGACACCAGUAUACAAGCUAGUAUCAAUAGGCUGUUGUCUCGAAAUCUCGGAGUAGAGGCAUAUACAUCAUGUUGUUAAGUAGGAUGUGAUCUUAGAAAUCUCAUAGUGACACCAGUAUACAAGCUAGUAUCAAUAGGCUGUUGUCUCGAAAUCUCGGAGUAGAAGUGUAUACAUCACGUUAAGUAGGAUGUGAUCUUAGAAAUCUCAUAGUGACACCAGUAUACAAGCUAGUAUCAAUAGGCUGUUGUCUCGAAAUCUCGGAGUAGAAGUGUAUACAUCAUGUUGUUAAGUAGGAUGUGAUCUUAGAAAUCUCAUAGUGACACCAGUAUACAAGCUAGUAUCAAUAGGCUGUUGUCUCGAAAUCUCGGAGUAGAAGUGUAUACAUCAUGUUGUUAAGUAGGAUGUGGUCUCGGUAGUGGAGACAGUCUUGUUGCGUCAUGUGAUCUCAUGUUAAGUUAGGAAGAUAGUGAUCUCAAAAUCUCGAGUGGAGGCAGUCGUGAUAUUUUGUCAGUUAGACCAUGAUAUUGAAAUCUCAAGAGUGGAGGUAAACGUCGUGAUGUUGAAUCUCAGUAUAUGGAAGUUGUACUUGAGGUUUAAGUAUGGUAGGUCAUAACCUUGGUAUUCCCAGUGUAGAUGUUGAUGACGUCAUGUUCAUGUAGGCUGCAGAGUAGGAAAUUCUAGCGUGUACAUCACUUAAUAAUUCAAACUUACUGAGUCAACCUCGUGACUUGGAAACCGAUGCUGAGGCACAACCUCGUGACUUGGAAACUGAUACUGAGACACAACCUCGUAACUUGGAAACCGAUGCUGAGGCACAACCUUGUAACUUGGAAACCGAUGCUGAGACACAACCUUGUAACUUGGAAACCGAUGCUGAGACACAACCUCGUGACUUGGAAACCGAUGCUGAGGCACAACCUUGUAACUUGGAAACCGAUACUGAGACACAACCUCGUGACUUGGAAACCGAUACUGAGACACAACCUCGUAACUUGGAAACCGAUGCUGAGACACAACCUUGUAACUUGGAAACCGAUGCUGAGACACAACCUCGUGACUUGGAAACCGAUGCUGAGGCACAGCCUCGUAACUUGGAAACCGAUGCUGAGGCACAGCCUCGUAACUUGGAAACCGAUGCUGAGACACAACCUCGUAACUUGGAAACCGAUACUGAGGCGCAACCUCGUGACUUGGAAACCGAUGCUGAGGCACAACCUCGUGACUUGGAAACCGAUGUCUGGUUGCGCUAAUUAGGGUACACUGAGACUGCAUCAUUUAGAUUCAGUUUGGCAGGUUGUAAAGAUCGGACACUGUGAGACUAAGGCAGGCAUAGAUGGAGCUAAGCCACGUGCACCUCUGUAGUGGAAGACUUGUCAUGCGGAUCAACCAGUGUGAAAAUAGAUCCUUUUGAGUUUGGUUGGCUACAGUAUAAGGCAGUAAAGGAUAAAAUUCUACCUAGGCAGUAGCUACAUUGACAGGGAAUUUCAUACAAUAUAAACAGGGUCCGUUAAAAGAACCCAUUCCCCCAAAAUAAUCUUGUGAAAAUCCCAAUUUGCCACUGAAAAAUUUCUAAUUUUGAAGUCACUUUUGAAAGAUUAAGUUUUACCUAAAAAGACCUGUACUAAAGGUAGUUUUAAAAAAAAAAUGAAAAAUAAAAACAGCUAUCGAUCACAAAAUGAAAUAAAAAAUAAUAUAAAGUAUUAAGAUUCAUCAAAGAAAAACUGAAAUUUGUAUGAAUUUCACUAUUUUUCGUUUUCCCAAUGUCCCAUUUCGUCGCGCAUUAAUUCUCAAUUCAUUGGACCCUGGACCCAGUUGAAAAAUUGUAGGAAAUUCCCUGACUGACAAUAUAUAUGCCAGGACAAGAUAUGGUGUACAGACAUUUUGUUUAGAGAAACAGUGAAACAGUGAAACAAAGGCGUAUCUCGUGUGAGUGCACAGAAACUUUUUCACAGAGAAACAAUGAUAAAUGAUAAGUAAUUUGGUCACGUAAUAUUUUUACUAUAUCUUUCAUGCAUUUUGACAAUUUUUCCAAUGGUAUUUAUUGAAAAUUUACAUACAUGUAAAGAAUUAUUUGCUCUUUUGGCAUGUAAAGAAUUAUUUGCACUUUUGGCAUGUUACUGUAUACUGGCCGUUAUAGAAGUGUUUAAUUAUAUCAGCUUAGUCAGUUUUUUAAACAUUUUUGUACCAAACGUUUCCUAUAGCUACCACAUGAUAAUUACAUUAUGGUUACUUGUUUGAACUUGUUUACUCCCUCUAUCGCAGAUCAGAACAGGAAAUGAUGUAAUUAUUUAUAGUGUUGUGACAUGUGGUAGUUUGUGGUCUGGCUGUGUAGUAACAAUUAAGCAUUGAUAUCAAUUUUUUUUAGUUUCUUCGGGGUAUGAAACAAAAUUUGUUUGCAAACUGUAUGAAUCUGCAUAGCAAAUUCUUACAAAAGUUGCAAACUAAUUUUUUUUCAUACCCCUAUGAAACUAAAACACAAUUGACAUUGAUCAACGUUUAUGAUUAAUUUUUGAAAAUAAUUUUCUAAUUCAAAACCUGUUUUAUGUACAAUUUUACUGGUUUUAUAUGGGAUUUAUUUUCUCAAAUCAAUACGCAACGUCAGUCGUCGUAUUGUGACGUCACAUUUUUGCGCCAUUCUCAGAAAUUUUUUUCAUGGUGGUAUGGGGGAAAAAAAUUUCCAACCAAUCGGGAAGCUGCAUUCUGCGUGCAAACAAUGGAAAAUUUAAUUAUAUAUACUUGUUAUAACAGAAUAUCUAGAAAUCUGAUUUCCAUAUCUUUAACAGGUACAGUAAUUUGUACCAUAUUUUGAAGUAAUAAAUCCACAAUUAAUGUUUUUAAAGAAAGUUGCAGUGUGCUUAUUAAAAAAGCACAAAUUUAUAUAUCAUUGAUGUAUAUGUUAUACACAAGACUGGGGUAUUUGUCUAUGAAAAUUUGAUUGAUAAUGUAACAAUCGUAUACCUUAUUAUGAUGGUUAUCGGUUUGGUCAAUACACUGAUGCCGAUAUUUGAAACAAGAUUUCACAGUUUAAAUCGGGAUUUUACUCUAACCAAAUCUUAGUGCCAUCAGUGUCAGGAAACACAAGAAUAUACCAGCCAUGCAAAAUAAUUCACCGAAACUGAUCUUCCUGCGCAAUCAUAAUUGGGAGAAUGUGUUUGACAUGAAAAGUAUUUAAGUAAAAAACAGUUGUAAUGAUAGAGGGUUAUUGUAUCAUUUCUUUAGAUGAUAAUUUAUACAAGGAUAGAGAGUGAUUGAGGAUACAUAAUGUAUCAUUUCUUUAAUUGAGAAUUUAUACGAGGAUACAGUGAUUGAUGAUACCUAUGGUAUCAUUUCUUUAGAAGAUAAUUUGUACGAGGAUAGAGGGUGAUUGAGGAUACGUAUUGUAUCAUUUCUAUAGAUGAUAAUUUGUACGAGGAUAGAGGGUGAUUGAGGAUAUGUAUUGUAUCAUUUCUUUAGAAGAUAAUUUGUACGAGGAUAGAGAGUGAUUGAGGAUAUGUAUUGUAUCAUUUCUUUAGAAGAUAAUUUGUACGAGGAUAGAGGGUGAUUGAGGAUACGUAUUGUACAGGGUUUUCAAUAAAAAUAUUUGUAAAAGGCUACAAAUGAAUAGUAACAGGUAUACAUGUAUCUGAGGAUUACGAUAAUAUGUUUUUAGACAUUUUUUAAAAAGUGAAUUAAGUCAUUUGAACCGGCCAAAACACCAUUCUAACCGGUCAAUUUGGCCGGCAACCGGUUCUAAAUGAAAACACUGAUUGUAUCAUUUCUAUAGAUGAUAAUUUGUACGAAGAUAGAGAGUGAUUGAGGAUAUGUAUUGUAUCAUUUCUUUAGAAGGUAAUUUGUAUGAGGAUAGAGAGUGAUUGAGGAUACGUAUUGUAUCAUUUCUUUAGAUGAUAAUUAUAAUUUGUAAGAGGAUAGAGAAUGAAUGAGGAUACAUUUUUCUCUUACGUAUACCCUAGACAGGGAUACCCACAGUUUUACCGGGAUGAGAUUUUCUUAUCUCACCCUAGAGAAAAGACAAGCUACACCUGCUCUUUUCACAUUUUCAACAAUUUCAUUUUGUCAUGUCAACAAUACCAUGACGUCAAGGCAUCAGUACAACGUCACGUCACGUCGACAAUUUAAUUACGUCACGUCAGCAUUUCCUUUCAUUGAUGUAACGUCAAUAUUAGAUACAUAAGAGGGUAAACAGCGUAAGAGAAAAAUAAUCAUUCACCCCCAUGGACGUGAGACAGGGGAAUCUCAACCCUCGGGGUAGGAUAAUUAAGCUGCCAAACACUCGUCAAGCAUCAUGUUUUGGCAACUUAUGAAUCUUCCCCUCGGGUGGAGAUUCCCCUGUCUCAUCCCCCAAGGGAGUGAAAGAUUCUAUCAGUCACACACAGGGUAAGGUACCCUACCAAUCGUGGGAUCACCCUGUGAAGUAUAUGUGAGAAAGCACAGUGAUCUGAUUUUCUCUGUUGUCAUACAGGCAUGGUCAGACCUCACUUCCCAAGUCAUGAGUGUAGAUUUUCAGUAUCCAUUAUAUGAUAUAUAUAUACAGUGUAUAUUGUUGUAUAAUCUAUUUCAUUGGACUGGAAAACUGAAACUGUGCAUGUUUUCUCGGGUUGGAAAAUUGGAUUCUUAUGUAAAUAGAUUUAUAUGACAAAGGAAGGGAUUAUAUAAUAUAAGAAUCACAAAUGCACAAAAUUGGUUUAAACAUGUCUAGAUGCUUAAGUCAAUUAAUGAAAUAAAAAAGCAGGAAAUCAGUCAUCUCAGUCAUCUUGACUUGGAAAAAAUAAAUAAUUUGAAAGAAAAAUUACUGAAUUUUGUCACUCAGAACUUUUGAAUUUUAAUGAAGUUGAGAUUUUGUAUUGCUUUUUUUUCAUGUAAAUAAAAUUAUGCCGUCAGAUAA